AUGGACCCAAGGGAAAGCUUUCCGUUUCCGGCUUCGGCAAGCAGCCCAGCCACAUCAAUCAGUCCGACUGAUUCUAUACCUUCGAUUUCGUCCAUCCCAUCUCUCACAUACUCAACUUCCUCAUCCGCCAGCAUAGUGCCAGGAACACCCCCCUUUACAACCCCCAUUAUCCAAGAGAAGCUGGGAAAAUCUCCUGAUAUGGCCUCCGACAAUCGGAAUAAACUCGCUCGGACAAUGAGUCAGUUGGCGGAAGCAGGAUUCCGCCCGGUAUGGUCAAGAGAGCAUGGAUACCCGGGAACGAUCCCCGAGGAUAUCGGAGACUACAUUGACAGCAAUAGCUAUCGAUUUGAUGAACUGAUUGGCCCAUUGAGUAGCAUUUUUUGGCUCGCAGGCCUUGAUGAGCUGGUCGAUGCAAUUAACGACCCAGCGAUUGCCCUCGAAGAUGAGGUGCGACUCAUCCCAACAAAUGUCGGUGUACGAUGGAUCUUGGAGCAUCUGUUCGAAGAGGACAAACUUCCAGCAUCGAUGUACGAUCGGUAUUUCUUUGGAUACAAUCAGCCGCCUGUUUUUGUUAUGCCAGUCCGGCUUAAUCCCAUCCCACCUCAAGUUGGAUACCAAUACGCCUAUCAUAGAUUGGAGGAGCUGUUUCCUGCCAACAGACCCCAACGUCUGCCGCAGGAAAUUUCCGCAAUUCGAGUCAAAGGGGACAAGAACAAGGACCGCCUAGCCACGAAGAUCAGGAAAGACUAUUUAAGUAAACUCGGCGGCGGCUCAUUUUUGUACCGAGUGUCUACUCGGGCAGCUUUAGCUGCGAUGAUGGCUUUUUUCACCCCGGACAUUCACAAUAGUUCCUUGGACAAUGAGUUGGGGCCGGGAAUUUAUACUUCCGAUUGUCUAGAAUGGGUGCUGAAAUUCGCUUCCGUCAAUAAUGCUUUGUUGGUCUUUAAAGACCCUGAUUUCCGCAAUUUAGACGUUUGGAGGCCUCCUAUGCCCGAGUGGCAACAUAUCAUCGCGACUUGGACGCGAAAGUCACUGUCGAAUGCACCAAAUUCGAUACCUCCAGAAUGGAAGACAGCAGACAUUAUCCAAGCGCCUAUCUCGCAGCCAGCUUCGUCAAAGAACUGUCUGCCAGAACCAGGAGAGGUCUCGCAGACCGUUGCAGUUAGUUAUGCAGGAUGUGGAGCGCUUUCUGCAUCACUGGCGAUGAUAAUCUGGCUCGAGUAG